GCCUCCCAAGUCGGAGUCAGGACACAAACUUUACGCACAAGUUUCCUUUAGGAGCACAGCAGCGCUGCACAGACGCAAGGCUAAAGGACACAAGAGUCUUUCUCAUCUGGGAUAAGAUCUAGCCUGAAGAGACGCUUUUUCUUUGAAGAACUGACUUACAAUUUUAUUUUUUUGUACUUUUUUAAAUGCAAAAUGAACAUUCAGAGCGCAACGUUGUUUUUAAGUUGGAUGUUUCUGUGCAUGGACAUGUGUCUAAGCCAGAAAGACUGCACAGGCGUGGACUGUCCUGAUCUGCAGAACUGCAUUGAGUCAGUUUUAAAGAAGGGCGCCUGCUGUCCCACCUGUGUACAAAAGGGCUGCACCUGUGAGGGUUACCAGUACUACGACUGCGUCCAAGCAGGCUUCCAGAAAGGGAAAGUCCCAGAGAGGGAAUCUUACUUUGUGGAUUUCGGAAGCACUGAAUGCUCCUGUCCCGAGGGAGGUGGCAAGAUAAGCUGUCAUUUUAUUCCAUGCCCCGAGAUUUCCCCCAACUGCAUUGAUAGUUCACAACCUGCAGACGGUUGUCCAAUAUGCAGACGAAUUGGCUGUACCCACGGCACCAAGAAGUACGAGGCGGGGCACUCAUUUCAGAUGGACCGGUGUCAGGUUUGCCACUGUCCAAAUGAUGGUGGAAAGUUAAUGUGUUCACCUAUUCCAGGCUGUGACCUUCGCAGUUCCAACAAUCCCGUGUGGGUUACCACCACUGAGAACAACAGCCCUUUGAGAGACAUUAGCAGCCGUCCUGACAGCCGACAAACAAGUCCUGUGGAACCAUUUUCCAAGCUGGCACUGGGGAACACUCUACCACUGUAUAAGCCGGACCCACCCAGUUUUGGCACAGGGGAUUAUGACUACACACUGGCAGGGCCGACGUCUUCCACUAUCCAAGAUCUGGCCCAACCACUGGAAUCUACUACAGUACCACCAGUUUACCCAGAGUCAAGCUCCACUUCCUUCAGUUCCCAUGAUGACAGGAGACAUGAGCUGAGGGAGACACAAAAAAGCUCUGAUUCAGUGAGCAGUGAGGCUGAGGUCACACAGGACACGGAUCCAACCACCACAGGGCUUCAGAGCGAAACAUCAACAUCGUUGACAACAACCACACAAGGAGUGACCACAGAGAACCAGCUGCAACAGGAAGUUAGUGAAAGGACCAUUAGACAUAACAAUGACAGACACAGAGUGGCACAGGACACUUUAAAAGACACCGCCCGUGCAAACAAGGAGGCCAAGCGCUCUGACCGUCACAAACAUAGUCAAGGCACUCACACAGGGAGUCAUGGCAGCCCCCAUUCUGCUGGCCGAAAGGAGCAGGAAAAGGUGUCUGCAGAGUAUAGGCAGCCGCUCGGUGAAGAGGAGCAGGUCUUGCAUCCCACAACAGAGUUCAGUCCCACCAGCAGAACUCCAAUCAGGAUGAGGGAGGAUGGACAGCAAAGACAAUCCCAAACCCUCAACAACUACCAGGAUGCGAGGGGAGACUCUGAAGUGUCUGCCAAGGAUCUGGUGAAGACCUGCUGCGAGACAGGGGAGAAAUGGGCUUCAGCUAAUGGUCACUGCAACAACAUGGAGCCUCCCACAAACGAUAGACACUCCAUCUGCUGGACUGCCCAACAACAGUGCUGCCGCGGCUCCCUGAGAGAAAGUCGGUGUUUGGCUGGAAUGACUGCAGCCAGAGCAGGAAAUAUGUGUCAAGAGGAUGCCAGCGAUAAAUGUGGGAUCGAUUCCUACAAGGAGUGCUGCGACUGCUGCUCUCUGGGGCUGCGUUUCCACCGUGAGGUGCAUCGCUGCGAAGCCCACCUGCACCUGGGCUUCCACUGCAGACACGUCUUUCUAAAAUGCUGCGAGGGGGAGCAGAGCAGGACGGGGAAUCAAGACGGCUGGCAGAGAGUCAGAGAGAGGCCCGCUCUGGACUCCAGUCCACCGCCAAAAAAAGCAGUAUCUGACAGCCCGUACCCAAAAGAGGCCUUCUCCAUUGCCGAUGAGCGGGGUGGGGAGAAUGCAGUGGAGGGUCCUGUUGAGGUGGAGGACAUGGAUGAGUGCCUGAUAUAUGAGGGCAACAUCUGCCACCACAGAUGUGUCAACACGCCGGGCUCUUACCGGUGCGAGUGCUUCCCGGGAUACGUGCUGCAAGAGGACGCUUUCACAUGUGUGCAAGAGACGGUGGACGAGGAGAACAGACUGAAGGAGGAUGACAGAGCAGCAGCGGAGCCCACUUCACCGCUUCCGCCCCCCACCCAGCCCGCUGUCCCACUCAACCCCUGUGAAGGAAACGGCCCAUGUGAGCAACACUGCACCUCAGUGGGCGGAAGGCCACAAUGCUCCUGUUUCCCAGGAUUCUCCCUUACAUCUGAUGGACGCUCCUGCGAGGACAUAAAUGAGUGUUUGUCCGUGAGGGCCUGCCAGUUGAAUGAGCGCUGCGUGAAUACUGCAGGGAGUUACAUCUGUCAGAGACCGAUCACAUGUCCCCCGGGAUACCAGAUCAACAAUGGCAUUUGCAAAGACAUCAAUGAGUGUGUGCAGGGGACCCAUAACUGUGGGCUCGGCUUUGAGUGUGUGAACACGGAGGGCUCGUUCAGGUGCAACCCCAGACCUCAAUGUCCUGUGGGCUAUAACCAGGACGCACAGGGCAUGUGUGUAGACAUUGACGAGUGUGCCGCUUCGCCCCAGCCAUGUGGUCUGGCAUUUAACUGCGCCAACACUGUGGGAUCCUACAUGUGCCAUAGGAAGAUAAUUUGCAGCCGUGGCUAUCAUGCCAGUCCUGAUGGCUCCACAUGUAUCGAUGUGGACGAGUGUCAGAGCGGUCUGCAUCGAUGUGGAGAGGGCCAGCUGUGCCACAAUCUGCCUGGCUCAUAUCGUUGUGAAUGCCAGACAGGCUAUCAGUAUGACUCAUUCAGAAGAAUGUGUGUAGAUGUAAAUGAGUGCUGGCGCUACCCAGGCCGCCUGUGUGCCCAGACCUGCGAGAACACCCCAGGCUCCUAUGAAUGCUCGUGUACAACUGGCUUCCGCUUAUCCGGCGAUGGAAAGAACUGUGAAGAUAUGAAUGAGUGUUUGGCCAGCCCAUGCAGCCAGGAGUGUGCCAACAUCUAUGGUUCCUACCAGUGCUACUGCAGACAGGGCUACUACCUCCGGGAGGACGGGCACACCUGCGAAGACAUCGAUGAGUGCUCCCAGAGCAUCGGCCAUCUGUGUACCUACAAGUGUGUGAACGUUCCUGGCAGUUACCAGUGUGCUUGUCCUGAGUAUGGCUAUACCAUGUCUCCAAAUGGGCGCUCUUGCAGAGAUAUCGACGAGUGCGCCACAGGGGCCCAUAACUGCUCUCUAGCUGAGACCUGCUACAACAUCCAAGGAGGGUAUCGCUGCCUUUCUCUCGACUGUCCACCAAACUACCGCAAAGGGACGGACACGCGCUGUGAGCGCAUCAGCUGUCCCAACUACCUGGACUGUCAAAACUCCCCUCUGAGAAUCACCUACUACUACCUCAGCUUCCAGUCCAACAUCGUCGUCCCUGCUCAGAUCUUCCGCAUCGGACCCUCCCCCGCCUACUCGGGAGACAACGUCAUCGUGACCAUCACGCGGGGAAAUGAGGAAAACUACUUCAGCACCCGGAAGCUGAACGCCUACACGGGCGCUGUGUACUUAAAUCGACAGGUCGAGGGUCCCAGGGAUUUCUCGAUCACUGUGGAGAUGAAGCUUUGGAGACAGGGGACGUUUACCACUUUCCAGGCCAGGAUCUUCGUCUUCAUCACGGCCAACUCACUCUAACAGUGAGAGACGUGCUGUGGCCACCAUGGACCUUUUCCGUUAACACUAUUUAACAGUGUUAUAAAGUAUACCACUGUCUGUCAUGAUUGGUUUGAGUAGUUAAUCUCGCUUGUUUCCAGUCCAGUCGAAGUUCAUUUUAAAGGAACAGUCCACCCCAAAAUCAAAUAUACAUAUAUUUCCUCUUACCUGUGGUGCUGUUUAUCAGCCUAGAUUGUUUUGGUGUUAGCUGCUGAGUGUUGGAGAUAUCAGC